ACCCGUCAGCACCAAUUGAGAGCAUUCAACGCCAACUAGACACGCUAUGAGUAGUUUUACUACUAAGGUGCAAAACGUUGUUUAGAACGAUCCAAUGGCCUUAUGACUGUUCUGUCAGGCAUGAAGUUCAAACGAGGCCUGAGCGGAGUUCUACUUGUCUUCGUCCUACUCGGUACUCAGAUGUCAAAAUUUUUAACAGGGAUAUCCUAACGCUUUAGAUUCACGUAAGACGAAAACAUGGACGGCUUGCACAUACAAAGUUAAUUUAUGAAGUGCUACCACAUAGCGCUGAUAGAUCUCUCGGCUCAGUUGUCAACUUCCUGUCAAUCACUUAGCCCAACUUCCAGUACGAUGAAGAGUUUUGAGCGAUUCCGCGUGGAGAUGUCGGAGAGGAGUUCGUACGUGAGUUCCAUCAAGCUCUCUCGCCCUGAUACCUACGGAGUGCUCCAUUCACCCCAUGAAGAAGAAGGUCGAUGCAGCAAUGGCGGAGCUUUACGAGAUGGCGGCGCUCCAAGACUUCUUUCAACAGAAUCACUCGGUUUGUUGGCUCAAUACGCUGCGGUUGGACUCAUGAUGGGGGCGCUACCAAGUGCAGUGACACCGUUCUUGAGCUACUAUUUGAACAUGGAAGGUCAGGCCACGACCUCAGCCCGUGCGUUGCUCGGUAUCCCAUGGUCUGUCAAGGUUUUCAUCGGUAUCCUUUCCGACUGCUUCCCUAUCUGUGGCUUCCGUCGUCAACCAUUCAUGAUCAUCGGCUGGAUGCUCUGCACGAUCUGUCUCCUUGUGAUGACUACAUUCCCACUGGAUAAGCCAUACUUUCCCGAAGCUUCAUGGAGGAAGAUCAAGCCCAGUGACUAUACUACUGAAGAAAUCGCUGCGAUUAACUACCACGCUCCGUCUACGGGAGGGAAAUAUAUUGUCUUGAUGAUGUUAUCGACGCUGGGUUAUGUCAUAGCUGACGUUGCAGCAGAUGGUGUCGUGGUUGAAUAUGCUCAACGCGAGCCUAUCGCGAUACGAGGACGGACUCAGACUGCGAUCUACACUGUGCGGAGUGUCUUCAGUAUUUUCGGGAGUAUCUUGGUGGGUUUUGGACUCAGUUCACCACCUUACGGAGGGGAUUUCGACUUCGGUAUCAGUUUUCCAGUAUGUAUGUUGAUACUGGCAGUGUGCUGUGUGCCUGUGAUCCCAAUGACUUGGUAUUUUGUCGCCGAGAAGCGGGUGGCUACACCGCAAUUGAGCAAGUACAUGGGGGUAUUGUGGGAUACGCUGCAGAGUCGUGCAGUCUACCAAGUCAUCGCCUACAGCUUCUUCUCUGGAGUAUUCGGUGGCAUCAGCUACGUGGCUUCUGACCCAGUUACGAUGUAUUGGGCUCGAGCUACAAGCUUCAACAUCUCAGUUUCUCAAAUCAUAGGAUCAGGUGUGACGGCUAUCACACUAGCGCUCAUGGGACGCUACGGACUGGACUGGGACUGGCGUCACGUGAUUGUCCUCACUACAAUCGCUGUGGUCGCACUGGACUCAGUGUGUACGAUGCUGACUACGUGGGAUAUCGUGCGUAACGAGUGGUUCUGGCUCGGGUUACCGAUUGUGGAGACUGUGCCUUCAAGUGUGAACUUCAUCGUCUCGAGCUUCGUGGUCGUCGAACUAGCGGACGAGGGCAACGAAGCUGCUAUCUACGGUCUAUUGACGACGGUGGGUAACCUCAGUAACCCGUUCUCGGCCACACUAACCAAGGCUAUCAACGAACCGUUUGCUGUUAGCAACCGAGAUAUCCUCAACGACUCGCACUCUACACGUCGAGAUGUCACGAUAAUAGUGCUCAUUUCGUACACGAGCAAGCUGCUUUCUCUCCUGUUUCUUGUUUGGCUACCGAGACAGAAGGCGGAGACGCAAGUGCUCAAGCAGUGUGGCACCCGCAGCAAGCUGCUUGGUGGGAUUACCAUUGCGUACUGCUUAUUCGCACUAACCUGGUCGCUGCUCAUUAACUUGCUGGGUAUUUUUGAGAGCACGAGAUGUCUGAAGAUUGUAGGAGGAUGUUAGGUAAGAAAUACUGCAACAGAACACUGUGACAGAGGGACGUUAACCAAAUGGUUCAAGACAUCAAAUGCUGGGAUUUCACCAGUGAUCUAGUGCUUCGUUGUGCGAUGACAUGCAAACUCGA